CGAACGACAGCAAUGGCUACGAGGCUGCCACUUUUAUUUUUCGUCGUUCUGAAAAUUUCAGUUUCAGUUGCAUACCAAGAUAUAACAUUCUUCAAUGCAAAAGCAUUGCCAAGUUUGACUGGAGGAUACUUCAUUGGUGGAUACUCUGCUGGUGAUGCUCAAAGUACUGUUGGUACAUCAUUUACAUACGGUAGAGUAAUAGAUACAGGUACAGGAGAUGAAUUACCAAUUGGGUAUACAGAAGAAUCCUUAUACGGUUUUACGAGACGACUUUAUUUACCUGAAGGUGCAGCUAGACCAGGUGUAUAUUACUGUAAUACUACAGAUGUGUCGAUACAAACAGUACAAGUAGCAUCACAAGCUGACAUUUACCCAGAGAAUAAAACCAAGACAGUGAAUUGGGGAGAUGAUGUAACACUGACAAUGACCAUACAAUCAACAUCAAUAUCAGAAUCACAAUUGAUAUGGAAACAUAAUGGUGUGGAUAUAGAAGCAUGGAAUGGACAAAGUAGUAUUAUAAUUACAUCAGCUAAACCAUCAGAUGCUGGAAUUUAUGAAUGUUAUACUACUCAACAACAACGACAAAAUGGGUUACAUGGUUUUAUGAGACUUAUUGUUAGAAGUUGUCCUAAUGGUAAAUAUGGUGAUACAUGUCUAUUUAACUGUCCUACAUGUUAUAAUGGAGGUAUAUGUAAUGCAGACACUGGAGAAUGUAUAUGUCCACCAGGAUUUACAGGAGAUGACUGUAAUACAGGUUGCCAAUAUAGAGGGACAUGGGGAAAAAAUUGUGGUCGAGGAUGUUCAUCAACAAAUACAGAUGCUUGUCGAAAAAGGAUGUUUUGUGUUGCUGAUCCAUAUGGAUGUUCAUGUCUUGCAUCAUAUACAGGAUUAGAUUGCAAUACAGACUGCCCUGAUGGGAAAUAUGGAGCUGGUUGUACUCAGACAUGUCACUGUACCCAAGGAUGUAAUAAAUCAGAUGACGAUCUACUUGUGUCUGGAGAAUGUACUACAAGUGGAGAUACUUGUGAUGAUGGAUGGGGUGGUGAAAACUGUAGAGUUCCCUCUGCUUGUCCUGAUGGUUUAUAUGGUGAAUUAUGUAACUAUAAUUGUCAUUGUAAAAACAAUGCACCAUGUGAUAAGAACACUGGUGUUUGUCCAAAUGAUGAUUGUGCACCAGGAUGGAUAAAUCUAGAUACUAUAGAUUCUGAUUGUCAACAAGGUGAGCGGUCCAAGGAAAAGGGGAAGGCCAAAGAAGACGUGGAAGAUGCAAGUGGAGGAGGAGAGUGGGAAGGUUGGGAUGAGGAUGAGGGAUGCUUUAAAUCGUGCAAAGUGGAGGGAGGUGAUGGUCGUCCCAAAUAUAGAAGCUUCUUCUAUCACAAAGUCAUCCCUGAAGAAACACAUUUCAUAUGUGAAAUCAGUGGAAACCCUGUAGUAGCAAAUAAUGAAAUGAAGUUAUGGAAACUGGGUACAACUGACUUCCUGUCUCCUACUACCUAUAAUGAUGGUGACAAAUACACAGCUAUUGGAAAUUUCACUGUUGCUGUUGUUCAGAAUGAUGAUGUAUAUUUCUGUGGUGCUCCAGAUAUUGGAUUUAAUGGAUUCUCAGUUACUGUAAAACUAUAUGAUCCGCCAAGAUUUAAGACUAGCAACAAGCCACAAGUAUCAGAUAGUCAAUCUGACCAGCUUACUGUGACCUGGAACAAAUGGACUACUGAUGAUAUUGGAGAUGGUCCAGUUGUAUCUUAUAAAGUAUACUACAGAGAAAGUGGUGAGAGUGACUGGAUAUCAGGUCAAGUUGUACCAGUCAGUGAUUCAAGUCAGAUGAGUUAUACAUCAACCAUCACAGGAUUACAAUGGUCUACUGCAUAUGAAAUUACAGUUACAGUUAAAAGACCAGGUCCACUUGGUGAAGGGAGUAAAGAAACUACUAUAGCAGGAACUACACUGUGUGCAACUCCACAAGCACCAAUAAUUCAUCAGGUGUAUCCAGAGUUGAAUGAGCUGGAAGUUCAUGUGCAGGUUCCUGAUAGGGAUGGUAUAAAGUGUAAACAAGGCAGUAUUGAUGGAUACAUUGAUUACAUUAAAGUGAAGUAUAGGAAGGCAGGUACACAAGAUGAAUAUAAGGGAAAGAGAAAACAAUUUGAGGGGAGUGUGAAUGGUUCAGAAGUGAUUACUAUUACUGGUGUCUCAUUACAACCAUACACAGAGUAUGAGAUCAUUGCUGUACUCAGAAAUGCUAAUGUUACAAGUCCACCAAGUGAUCCAGUAACUGUUAAAACUCCUGAGGAUGAUGAUGAUAAUACUAAAAAAGAUAUAUCCAUAGAAAAUGGUGAUAUGAAUGAAUACAAUGUAGAUAAUUUGCAGUACAGAGUUCACUAUUCUGUGCAAAUUACAUACAAGUCACUUCACUCUGUGUAUUCCUCGACUGCACCUGUAUCAAAAGAUCUCCUGGUAACAGAACCUCCUCCUUACACCUUGAAAGGGCUACCAGCAGGAACACAGUUUGAAAUAUCAGUGAAUGCAAGUACAUCAAAGGGAUUUGGUGAACAUAAAACUAUUAUCAGUGGAACUAAAAUUGUAAUUGAUGAUAUUUCUGAUAUUUUGGUGCCUGUCGUGGUGACUGCUCCAGUAUUGACGGAAACUACUGCAACAAUUAAUUUACGGAAGUUUGAUGAUAAUGUAGACAUUAAUAAAGAUACAGAACAAAUGAAGUAUGUUGUAGUUGUUGAAGAGGAGCAACAGCAGCAAAAGCGUGAUUUAGAAGAAAAUCAGUAUAUCAUAGCAUUGUUUCCACUGAAUGAAAUCCCUGAUCAACUUAUAGUGGGUGAUGCUGGAGCAGUUAGUGAUCCUGGAACCAGUACAGAUACUUCCAGUGGCAUAAUUGGUGGUGUAAUUGCAGCUGUUCUCAUCGUUGCAGUUAUAAUAGCUUUAGUGUUUUUUUUACGGCG